UAACUUGUCAAAUUUUAUUUUUCAGAUAUUCCUGUUAUGCUUUACUUACUACCGUAAACUGUGUAAAUCAUUUCAAAUUUUUAAUGUUCAAACUAGGUAACUUCACCUUCAUAAUCAAUUAAACUAAUUAAUAUAUAAAAGUUAGUAUAAAUAUGGACAAAUCUAAUAUUUUAUACGUAAAAGGAAUGAAUUUGUCGGACUCUGAAGAAGAUGAAGUGGAGGCUGAAGAUAUAUGGGAUGACAGUAAGCUGAAUGAUGCUUAUGACAAAGCGUUAAGAAUAGCCAGUGCUGAGGUAGCAAAAAGGGUUGCUAUGUCUACUAAUUCUCCAGCCUCUAGAAAUGAUUUGAAAACAAAGACGAAAUUGACAUCACAUUCAAAUUACACAAAAAAUCAAAAGAAUGAGUCAAAAGGUCAAUGGAAGGCUGGAAUGCACUGUCGUGCCGUGUAUGAAGGGGAUGGGGUUGAGUAUGAAGCACUCUUGUUGAGGAUUAUCAACAAUGAUGAGUGCAUUGUAAGAUUUCUCGGCUAUGAAAACUCCGAAAUAGUGUCAAUAUCGACUCUUAAAGCAUCAAAGGGUAAAACAGAAAGAACCCGGCAAAUAGAAGAAUCAUUAGCUGAUAAAAUAGAGGACGACUCAACAAAUUGUUCAUUCAAUGUUGAAAAGAUGGAAUGUAGUGACAGACCUCUGAGUCCUGGCAGUUCAGUAUCAUUUCAGAAAAAAAAGAAGUUGGGAAAGAAGAAACACGGACAGAAACAGAUGAACUGCUUCGAUCUGCCUGAUAUACCGAUGCCGAAUUUUGCACAGUUACGGAAUAUCGGGACAAUGGAUAUGCCGAUCCCUCCGCCGCCACCGAUGAAUCUUCCCCGCUGUGAAGUCGAUUCUGAAGACCAAGCGGUCUCGUCAAUGCUACUGAGUUGGUACAUGAGCGGCUACUACACUGGGCUAUAUCAAGGGAUGAAACGGGCAAAGGAUGGGCGGAGAAAUCAUUAACAAAAAAUGUUUUUAAAUAAAUUUUAUUUUUAAGUCACAUAACAUAAACUAGAAAUAAAAAUAGAAAAUGUUGUUAUCAAUUAAAAAUAAAUUAAAUUAUGCCUCCAGUUUCUGUUUAACUAUGUACAAAAUAUACAUUUUGAUACUCUGAA